CCCGCCCCCGCCCCGGCCUCCAGCGCCCACCGGGUCGGCCCGGCCCCGGCCCGGCCCAGCCAUGAUCAAGGCGAUCCUCAUCUUCAACAACCACGGCAAGCCGCGCCUCUCCAAGUUCUACCAGCCCUACAGUGAAGACACACAACAGCAAAUCAUCAGGGAGACUUUCCAUUUGGUAUCUAAGAGAGAUGAAAAUGUUUGUAAUUUCCUAGAAGGAGGAUUAUUAAUUGGAGGAUCUGACAACAAACUGAUUUAUAGACAUUAUGCAACAUUGUAUUUUGUCUUCUGUGUGGAUUCUUCAGAAAGUGAACUUGGCAUUUUAGAUCUAAUUCAAGUAUUCGUGGAAACAUUAGACAAGUGUUUUGAAAAUGUCUGUGAGCUGGAUUUGAUUUUCCAUGUAGACAAGGUUCACAAUAUUCUUGCAGAAAUGGUGAUGGGGGGAAUGGUGUUAGAGACCAACAUGAAUGAGAUUGUUACGCAAAUUGAUGCACAGAAUAAACUGGAGAAAUCCGAGACCUUUAUCUUUCAGUCUCCCAGACAGGACAGGUAGACAAGGUAUUGCUGACUUUGAGAAAAAUGUACUUGAACAAAGGGAAAGCAAAAUGAUGUCAAAGGCAAUCGAUUAUUUAGGCCAGACUCAAAAAUUCUUUGUGUUAAUGAACCCAUAUAGUCCCUGUAGCCUCUUUUUCAUCCUAGUUUCUCCUUGUAGUUUCUGCAUCUUUUAUUGAAUUUAGUGUAUUUUACUAGUAUAUCAUUGAUGUCAUGUUUGUUCUGUUCUGUCUGCCUGCAUUGUAAAAGGAAAGUUAAAUUUUUUUAUUUAUUUAAAAAACAUUGUCAUUUAACAGACAAAUUGCAUUUGAAGAAAUGACAAUUAAUUUUGUAUAUAAAAACUCAGAUUUACUUCGAGCACCAUGCAGCAGAACCAAUUACAGAAUUCUCACAGAUUGACUUUCUGUCUCUACAUAGGAUUCUAACAAAAUUGCCUGCUGGGUUUGGAAGCUGUGUUUGAAAACCCAAAGCUGAACAUUUAGAGUUUUACAUACAAAGGAGGAAGCAUGAGAGUGUAUGAUGGUGACUUUUGAAUGGUGCUCCUUUUCCCGCAAUGGUUUUCAGUUCCAAAGUCUUAACAGAAUUGCUUUGACAGUUUUGACCUGCAGGUGCAUAUUAAAGUGGCCACCAGAAAAUAAAAUCAGAAAUGUAAAAUUUGAGUUAAAUGCAGUUAAAUAUACUGCUUAAAAUACACUAGAGUUCUGUAGUAAUCCUUCUGACAUCCAAACAUGUCAUAAUUAGAAUCUUAAUUUUCCUUUGAGUGUUUCCUGUAUAUUUUUCAUGGCAUAAAUUACAUGCAAUACUUUUUAAAGUUCCACAUAACUGGCAAUGAGCAACUUGCUUGUAUGACACCUUUUUGGUGUGGUUUUAGAGGUUGUUUAUAAGCCUCCAAUUUAAAAUUUCAGAAUGAAAAUUUGUUGAGCUUUAUGGAGUUAAAAAAAAAAUGAACUUGAUAAAUUGCCCAUCUUGCAAAUUAGAAAAAUGUCCUCUAGAAUUCGAUGCUGUUUGUAGCCCCUGGCAACGUGUGUGCCUUUGUGGCCUGUGCUAGGAGCAGUGUGCACUGCCGUAAGACUGAGCUGCUUCUCCGGUCCCUGUCACUGCCUCCCAAACAGGAAACGUGUAAUGAUCUCACUGCUUCCAGUGACUGAACUCACUGCCAGCUCCUGUGUUCCACUACUUAUUCACAUUAAUUAAACUGCCAGUUUCUAGCGAAGAAUCAUAAACUACUUCUUUAGUCAGUAGCACUAGUAACUGGCGCUGCCUCCCCACCAGCCCCUCCCAAUCAGAUGCCUGUUUUUGAAUCACAGAGAGUGAGAAAUGUUUGCAGGUCAUUUCCAGUGGGAGUUCUUCCUGCUGCCUGGACAGGUCCACUUAUACAGGCUUCUGGGUCACUUGUCACGGUCAAAACUAGUUAUGAGAAAGCCAAGAAUGUCAUUCAGGCUAGGGCUGUGUUUGAUACUAAAAUUAUCGCUGAUGAUAAUCUGUAUAAAAUAACAGUUUUCAAAUUUCUUUGUUAAAAUUAUUUGAAAAUUCUGUAGUUGUUGCUCACAAGAACAUCAGCAGCAGCCUGUCUUAUCUGUUGUGGUGUUGAAGCAUUGCCUUCUAAACCAAAACCAGGCUGCCUGUGAACCCCCAGAUUUCAAGCUUCUGCCUUGCCUAAAAACAUUCUGUUAAAGUCUUGCAUCAUUUUGUUAAUGAUUUUGAGUCUGAAACCAUUGACUAAUGUGCUUAUAAAUGUUGGUGUUCUUUCCUUGGUGUUAGGUCAGGGCCUGUGUGGAGAACCUUCCAGGAGAGAUGGGGGAAGGCUUUGUAGCUGGAGAUGAUCCCAGCUGCCAUCUUAUUAUGCUGUCUUUCAAACUUAAAAAAGCAUUGUAAGAUGGUAGGGUGGGGUUUUAUGUCUUGGAUGAAAUAAAAAACUAGAUUCUUUCUUUCCUUUUCCCUGUAAGUUAAUUGCUGUUGCAUGAGAAAACAAAAAAGGAAAGCUUUGAUUCUUUGAGAUAGAGCAGUGCUGCUUUUUCAGUUUUGCUUGCACAUAUUUUGUUUAUUUUUGGGUCUGGCAAUUUAAAAACAAAUAAAAACCAAAUCAUAUCCAUCCAUUACUAUCUUUGUGAUUCAAGUGCUUGAAAUUUCCAAGAGUAUGUCUGUAUAAGUCUUCUAUCUGUUUGGCCUCAUUUUGGUAUACUUGCAGACUUCAUUUUGUUUUCUUUCUCUUAAUUCUGUUCGUUUAACCUCAUGGGAGAGAAGACAUGCCGUCCUCCAUUCUUCCAUCCAGUCCACACCCCGACUGCUUUGGUUAGUGCACUUGCUGCAGUCUCCUUGGUACGGCGGUGCUCCCGUAGAACAGGUGGAAACAAGUUAUUUCUCUAGUAGAACUUUCUCCUUUUUAUUUCUGCUUUGUGUCAGUUGUGUACAUUUAAGUCUUGAAGAACUAUGCUGUAUUGUCAAGAAUACCUUAUUUUUACAGUUUAUGUUAUAUUUUCUGUGAACAAUAAACUUAAAUUUCUAUAACUUUUAGUACUGAAAAAGUUAAAUGGCAGUAAAAUUUACCUACCUUAUUGCUUUGAGUAUGUUUUACUUUAAAAACAACAAACGAGAUGAAAGUUAACUUUGCACUUCUGUGUCAACUGACUGAUUUCCCGGGGCAGGUGACCUCUUUGACGUGUUAUGUUUGAAGAAGGUUGCUUCGGCCUUCACUCCCGUGGAAAUCUGGCCGUUCAGAUGUUGACUUGCUGAGUAAGCCCGGCUUCACAUAUGAGCAUGGGUGGCCCCUCCCACAUAGACCUACUGGCCAGUCGCCCUUCCCCUGCUUUCCUUCACAUUUUAUAUUCUGCAGAACCCAACUGCUGAAGUGCUAAGUACACAUAACAGUUUUUAAGGUUUUCUAUACCCUAAUUAAUGACAGGCUACACAGAAGGAUUGAACAUGCUUGAGAAAUAAUUUGAUUCUCCUCAUCCAUCUGGUGUUUUGAAUAGUCCCCAUCCUCUGCAUGUCUAUGGCUUGCUGCUCAUGUUUAGAAGAACUGUAGUUGUACGUAGAUUUUUCUUGGCUACACGUAAAGAACAUGGCACAUACGUGUUACUGAACUGAUCGCUAUGUUGACUAUGUAUUCUCAUUAACAGCCAACAGUCUAAAUCAUCUUUGGUCUCAGCUGAUUGUAAUGAAAUUUAAUAGGCUGUGUUUUCUUAUUCUCAUUUUCUUAGGUUUGAGUAGCUGGUCAUGGUAAACAGGGUAUUAUGGAAAGUAAGGUUUCAUGACAUUUAAUACCGAAAAGCAGGUUACUGUCAAAACACGUAAACCAUGGCAUCUAGUAGUGUGUAUAUACACACACAUUCUGUUUUUCUCUUGCAAUAAUAAUUUUGUGAAGCCAAUAAUUCAUAACUUGAAAAAUAUGUGUAUUCAAAUAUUUGAUCAAUGGUCUCCUGCAUUCCACUUAUCAUUUGUACCCCUUAUGGAAAUUCCACAGUAAAUAGUGGAAAAUUAGAAAAUCCUUCUACUUGGAAAAUGAUGCUGGUUUCAGGAUGUCUGCAAUCUUGUAAUAUUUUUCACGUUUUUGGCGGACAGCAAACUUCCUGGUAAGAGAGCUGCUAAUUGUUCCUCUUAGAUCCUGCAUGAUUCUCACUCUCGGUAGCAGGACCUUUACCUUAACAGGAUUACAGCAAAGACCCCUUGGACAGAAUGCUGCCCUGAGCAGGGCUCACCUGCCUCUGCAACGCUGAUUUGAUAAUCCAUGGCUUUUUUUUCAUUGCUGAACAAUGUUUUAUCCUUGAUUUAGCAAAUAACUUACACUGGCCUAUUUUGUAUCGGUCAAGAUUUUUCUCGGGUAACAGCUUUAUUAUUAUUAUUUAAAUGAACAAAAGAGGUAGGAUUCACACGAGAAAAAAAAAAUCAUGAGAAGGAACUUGACCACUGAUGCCUGUGAAUUCAUGGACACAUAAUCUGAACAAAGUAGAAAAUGUGCUUUUGUGACUUAAAUUGUUCUUUUGUGCAGCAUGAUACCACUGCUCAAAGGUGUGCCUCUUGGCUCUGUGUUAUCAUGGGCCUUAGAUGAGAAGAGAUGAGAAAUCUGAUUGGUAAAUAAAUUAAACCGUGGUAAAUACAAUGGCAGUUGUGUCUCACUUUUAUUUUCAGAACUUUUUUUUUUUUUUUUCAAAAUUGUCUCAUAGAUUGUAAACUUUUCAAGUGAGAACGAAGCUAUGUAUUCCUCAUGAUAAUCCUUACUGGAUUCAUUUACUUACAUGUACUACCUCUUGCAUUUAUGCUAUUUUUUAUCUAAAUCUGUAUAUAGGGUUUUGAAUAUAUGAAUGUUUUUGAGUCUACGUUAUAUGACAAAGCAUUUUUAAUUGUGUUUUUUCAAUACAUCAAAGGGUUGGGAUGAUCUCUCCUUGCAGUUUUACCUUUACGAGGAGCUAGUUAUUAGAU